CAGACUCCCUCCGAGGGGCCACCGGGCCGCCUCUCCGGGACUUCUUGCUUCCUUCCCCACGUGUCGAGCCUUUCCCACAGCCUCUAAGCCCAGCUGCGUCAGGUGAGGGGCUGGGACGGCACCACUGCUGAGAGUAGACUGAGCCUCCGGUAGUGUUCCCUGGCCAGUUCUGCACCAAGCCUUGGGGAGGGAAGGCUGGGUGGUAGAGGGCUAAGUACCCCUGGGGUUCCUGGCCUUUGAUUCCUCCUCACCUGCCCCUCAAACUUCAAGAAAGACGGUGGAGCCAUGGGUGACUGGGGCUUCCUAGAGAAACUGCUAGACCAAGUCCAGGAGCACUCCACAGUGAUAGGCAAGAUCUGGCUGACGGUGCUCUUCAUCUUCCGGAUCCUCAUUCUGGGGCUGGCCGGUGAGUCUGUCUGGGGAGACGAGCAAUCCGACUUCGAGUGUAACACGGCCCAGCCGGGCUGCACCAACGUGUGCUAUGAUCAGGCCUUCCCCAUCUCCCACAUUCGCUACUGGGUCCUGCAGUUUCUCUUCGUCAGCACGCCCACCCUGGUCUACCUGGGCCACGUCAUCUACCUGUCCCGCCGAGAGGAGAAGCUGCGGCAGAAGGAGAGCGAGCUGCGGGCGCUACAGACCAAGGACCCGCGAGUGGAGCAGGCGCUGGCCACGGUGGAGCAGCAGAUGGCAAAGAUCUCUGUGGCCGAGGAUGGGCACCUUCGCAUCCGGGGAGCGCUGAUGGGCACCUACGUGGCCAGCGUGGUCUGUAAGAGCCUGCUGGAGGCUGGCUUCCUCUAUGGGCAGUGGCGCCUGUACGGCUGGAUGAUGGAACCCGUGUACGUGUGCCGACGCUUCCCCUGCCCACACCUCGUGGACUGCUUCGUGUCCCGCCCCACAGAAAAAACCAUCUUCAUCAUCUUCAUGCUGGUCGUGGGGAUGAUUUCCCUAGUACUCAACCUACUGGAGCUGGCACAUCUGGGCUUUCGCUGUAUGGGGCACAAGCUGAGGGCCCGGCAGAGCCGGGCUCGGCCAGGGCCUUACUCUGCUGCUCUGGGGGACGGCGCUGGGAUGGGUAGUUCUGGGGACCCCUAUUCAGAUCGGAUGUUCUUCUACCUCCCCAUGAACGAGACACCUACGUCGCCUCCGUGCCCCUCUUACAACAAGCUGUCUAGUGAACAGAACUGGGCCAACCUGAAUACAGAAGAGAGCCUGGUCCCACAGAAGCGGGGCAUGCUCCCUGGGCCAGGGCCCCUGCUGACUCAUUCCGAGGGCCCCUACCUGGCCCAGCCCCCCCAGAAUGGGGACAAUGCCCUGAGUCGUCCUAGUAGCUCAGCUUCCAAGAAGCAGUAUGUGUAGGGGGCUUGAUCUUGACCUCCCCUGCCACAACCUCCAAGCAGAACUCUUCUUUCCAGGGAGAAGUGGUGGGGAGAUUUUCUCAGCUUCUUGUCUUGAAGGUGCCUCCCUCCCAAACUGCAUGUGAGUGAAUUCUCCCACUGUAGAGGGAGUGAUGCAGCCAUGUGCCUGCAGGGGGGCUGCAGAGCCUGGCUGCUCUAGGACCUCUGGCCUCCCCAAGGACCAAAGAGACCUCCAGUGGAGUAGUAUGUGAUCUUGGGUCAUGGUUCAUUGACUUUUCCUGGGACCAAGAGAACUUUAUCCUAUCUUAGGAAAGCUAAGCCUGUAUAGACCCUGUUGUGGGGAGGCCCAGGGGGUCAGACUUCCCAGAUCUGGUCUUUAUUUCCACUCACCUCCAUCUUAUUUCAUUCUGACCAUCCUAGAAAGGGCUGGUGGCUGCCCAAAAGAAGGGACCUGUGUCUAUCCUAGGCUCUCAUUUACAAAAGGGGAGGAGAGAAUGCCACGUCCCUUCAAGAUUGAGAUUCCUUGACAUAAAAGUCCAAGGGAGCAGGACUCCCACAUGGUAUUCCUCUUUGGGUCUCCUAAACCUUGGUGAAUAAGCUCAUUGAUAUGUUCCAUUGCCCAAGUAGCCACCCUGGGCCCAGGUUUAAAAAUACCCUUGGAAAGACAGAGGUUGGGUUAUGAUCCACCAUACUGGCUCCCCACCAAAGGGAAGCCCCUCACCCACACCCACAUAUUGGAGCCACUGGGCCCUGAUCAAAAGCUGUGACUCCCUUUUCUGUAUACUCUCUUGGGGUUGGGUUAGCUGUGUCCUCACUCCACCCUGGAAAGAGAGAGCUGAGCCAGGCCUGGGAAGAGUGGGGUUGGAACCUUUUCCCCCAUGUUUUUUGAGUUUUUUGUUCUUCUAAAAUAAAUGGGACCUGAACAUAA